CUGACAGCAUCGAGUACCUCCUCCUGCAGACAUCCUAUGGCACCCACCACUGGACCCCGCCAAAAGAUAUGAGUGGCCAAGCUUUGGAAAGGAGGCUGUGAACACCUGCCUGCAACAUCCAGGAUUUCCUGUCCACCAGUUGGAGUAAAAGAAUUCAGCAGCCAAGUUUCUGCAAAGCAGUCAUGGAGAGUCGAGUUACUCACCGCCUGGGAAAACAUGGAAAUGCUCCAAAGGGUGCUGCCAAAGAAAGGCCUGAAAAUGUCAUACCUGUGAAGCAGAAGCCCUCCAAGGAGCUGAGGCCCAUGCUCGGGGCCAUCUUGCUGGGCCUCAUGCUGUUCAUCGCCGCGGUGGUGGCCUGGUGCUACUACACGGUGUCCCUGCGGAAGGCGGAGCGGCUCAAGACGGAGCUGAUGGACCUGCGGGCGGACGGCUUCGUCAUCAGGAACCAGCACGGGGAGGUGGUGUUCCGGCUGGCCUUCCACUCGGGCAGCCUGGACCUGGAGUCAUGCUCCAAGGAGGGCGAGAUCCUGAGCUGCACACAGUCGAGCCGGGGGCCGCUCAACUUCUUCAUCCAGACGGUGAAGCCCAAGGACACGGUGAUGUGCUACCGCGUGCGCUGGGAGGAGCUGGCGGCCGGCCCGGCGGUGGAGCACACCAUGUUCUGGGAGGAUGCCCACUGGUACGGGGGCUCGGAGAUGAGCACCCAGCACUGGCCCAUCCGCCUGGCCGGCUACCAGGAGCCCGUGCCCUACGUGACCAGUGACGUCUACUCCUUCCGCGACAGCUUUGGCGGCAUCCUGGAGCGCUACUGGCUCUCCUCCAAGGCGGCGGCCAUCAAGAUCAACGACUCCGUGCCCUUCCACCUGGGCUUCAACGCCACUGAGCGCGCCCUCUUCUUCCAGGCCCGCUACAAGGACUCGCCCUACAAGCCCCUGCCGGGGCAGCCGCCCUUCCCCGAGCUCAGCUACCGUGUCUGUGUGGGCUCCGACAUCACCUCCAUCCACAAGUACAUGGUGCGCAGGUACUUCAACAAGCCCUCCAAGAUCCCUGCUGAGAACGCCUUCCGAUACCCCAUCUGGUCCACCUGGGCACUCUACAAGAAAGAUAUAAACCAGGAUAAAAUUCUGCAGUUUGCAAGAAACAUCAGGAAGUACCGUUUUAAUUGCAGCCACAUAGAGAUCGAUGACAUGUACACCCAAGCCUAUGGGGACUUUGAUUUUGACCCUGUCAAGUUCCCCAACGUGACGGAGAUGUUUGCAAAACUGAGGGAAGAUGGGUUUAAGGUCACUCUGUGGAUCCAUCCCUUUAUACACACAGAUUCCUCCAAUUUUGGUGUGGGGAUUGAGCGUCAGCUGUUCAUCAAGGAGCCGUCAGGGCGGCUGCCAGCCAUGGUGGAGUGGUGGAAUGGCAUUGGGGCCAUCCUGGACUUCACCAACCCAGCAGCCCGGGACUGGUUCCAGAGCCACCUGCGCCAGCUCCGACACAAGUACGGCAUCUCGUCCUUCAAGUUUGAUGCAGGCGAGACCAGCUACCUGCCCAAGCAGUUCAGCACCUUCCGGCCGCUCUCAGACCCCAGCAUCUGGUCCCGGCGCUACACGGAGAUGGCCAUCCCCUUCUACGAGCUGGCCGAGGUGCGGGUGGGCUACCAGUCCCAGAACAUCUCCUGCUUCUUCCGCAUCAUCGACCGUGACUCCGUCUGGGGCUACGAGCUCGGCCUCAAGUCCCUCAUCCCCACGGUGCUCACCAUCAGCAUGCUGGGGUACCCAUUUGUGCUGCCAGAUAUGAUUGGAGGGAACUUCCUCCCUAAUAAGACAGAGGGGGCAGUGGAGAUCCCCGACCGGGAGCUGUACGUGCGGUGGCUGGAGCUGUCGGCCUUCAUGCCCUCCAUGCAGUUCUCCAUCCCGCCCUGGCUCUACGACAAGGAGGUGGUGGAGAUCGCCCAGAAGUUCACGGAGCUCCACGAGUCGCUGGUGGCCCCGCUACUGCUGGAGCUGGCCGGGGAGGUCACCGACACGGGCGACCCCAUCAUCCGUCCCAUCUGGUGGAUCUCGCCCCGCGACGAGGCCACUCACAGGAUCGACUCCCAGUUCCUCAUUGGGGACACCCUCAUGGUGGCACCUGUCCUGGAGAUGGGCAAGCAGGAGCGGGAUGUCUACCUGCCAGCGGGCAAGUGGCGCAGCUACAAGGGGGAGCUGUUUGAGAAGACCCCAGUGCUGCUCACUGACUAUCCUGUUGACCUGGAUGAAGUUGCCUAUUUCCUCUGGGUGUCCUAACAUGGUCCUCAUCAGUGUGCAAUGGACUCAGUGAUUAAUUAACCAACAGCUUUAAUGACCUGUGAAUUGGUAUAGUUUUUUACAUAGAAACACUUCAUUAUGAAAUUUGAAGAAAACACUGAGAGUUCUGUUUUUUUUAUGGAGCAAGUGGUGCUCCAUAACUAAUUAAUAUAUAUUGGAUGAGUGUCUUUGUUAUUGCAGUGUGACAAGUGCAAUGUAUAGAAACACAGUCUCUGCUCAUAAUCUUUUCCCACCAAGAAAUGCCAUGCACGCUUCUUGUUUAUAAAGGAAAUUACAUGGACUCCUUUGUUACCCAGUUGCACAGCUGAUCCCCUGAGGUAUUUAAAAUUUCAUGUGCUUAGUGAAGGAGGCAGCUGCAGCAAAUUACUUUUUUUUUUACAAAAAGCAGUCUGUGGUUAUCCUGAAGAGGAAGGCACCCAAACUGCAGCCUGCACAACAGAUGGGAACUGAUGCAGGUGUGAAGAGGAGUUUACACUUCCCAUGGCUAUCUGAGUAAGGAGAAGAAAGCUGCAGCACUUGCUGUAUGCUGUGGCAACUGUUUUCCCCCUUUCAUAAAUUAUUGAGAAUCAUGUCCAUGGUGUGGAUUCAGGUAAGCCUGUAAAUGUGGUGAAAUCUCAUGGUAGUAAAGAUUAAUAAUACAUAGUACCAAGUCAGGGUUUAGACUUGAUAGUGCUCCCAUGUGUGUUUUGGGACCAUGUUUAGAGCCAAAGGGUGCAAUCUGUGAGGUCCCAGGGGAGAACUUGGCCUCCUCAGAGAGUUCAGACAAUUAACAAACCAGCCUGAGUGCCCUACUGCCUCAGUUUCCCCAUUGAAAAUGUUCUCCCACCCUGUGCUAAUGGAGAUCCCUGUCCAUGAGCUGGUAUUCUGCCCACACAGGUGACUUCUCCUGAGUGAAGGUGUGUCAGCAGCUCCUGAAGGCUUGUGGUAGGCAGGCUGUCUGUGAAAUGCUCUCCACUCUUGGUCCAACCUUCCCUGCUCUUUUUAAACAAACAAAAGCUUAACGGUGACACAUCUGAGCAGUUUGGGAGAGCCCAAGAGUCUCUGGGAUGCAAUGUGCCUUCCCAAAAUGAGAUACAGAUCCCUUUGCUGACCCCAGCACACUGCUUGUAGGUAACUGGGAGGUAAAGUUCUUGUGUGGCCCCAGGACAGGAGAAAGCUCCCUUCUUUAGGGGUUUGUCCCAGAGCUGAUCCAUACAAAAGGUAAACGGGGGCUGGAGAACAUCGCACUCACUCCAGGGCUGGUUUGGUGUCCAGGUGAAGCAGCCCCAAAACUGGCUCAGACUCCUGUUACCCAUCAGGGGGUCCGUUGUACUGAGAGGACUCUGCGUGGGCACAGUGGCACAAGAGCAAUGCCAAGUUGGAUGAGCCAGAACAUCUUCUAGAUGCCCCUGAAAGCAGCUGAAGCUGCAGUAAUGCUAUUGCUGGUGUGGCUGAGGGGAGGGACAACCCCACUUUAAUCCAGGGAUGUGAAAGGGAAGGCAGUGCUCAUCAGUCUGCCAGUUCUGUUCAGAGUUAACAGGAUAUCUCUGAAUCCUUACUGUAGGCUUUCUUCUACUCCAGGAUAGUAGUUUCCAAGAAACGCAUCUCCCCCCGAGGUUGAGAAAGUGUUUCUGAAUGAUACUCUGUUGCUGCUUUGAAGCCCCAAGGAGUCCCUGACAUAUGAGCUUGGGGGAACCAGAGGGUCCUGGAGGGGCCCAGCAAGAUUCCUCUGGCUGUUGUUGCUGCACCAAAAAAAAAAAGCUUUCUGCAAAGCUGAUGCCCUCGAUGCUGAGGAGAGGUGGGAGAACCAGACUCCAGCCCCCUCAUAUGGCACCUCUGCCUGUGUAAUCAGUGUGUUCUGUAUGCACACACAGCUCUGCCACCCACCUGCAUCACAGACUGGGUGGAAAAAAUAGGCAUCACUGAGACUUUCUGCAAACUCUGGAGAUGACAUGAGAUGCUUGGUACCAUGGCUGCAAAAAUGCCUCCCCCAUCCCUUUCCAAUCUUUCCCCCAGUGCUUUUCCCUGCUGCCCACCCAAGCCACAGGGAGCCAUGGGGGAUGGGUGCUGGAAGCAUCCUGUGAGCAGGUGGUACCGCAGCCACCUCUCGACAACCUCCUGCAGCACCAGGGCUGUGUGCUGACAGAGGAACAUCUUGUUUGCCUUGCUAAGCUUCAGUCCUGAUUGGUUUUUUGCACUCCCAGUGCUGAGCAAGAGCUCUUUGCUGGAGGUGCUGGUGACAUGGGACUCUGCCCCAGCACACAGCUCACCCCAGUCUGCUUAUUUUUUGGCAGGGGCAGUUUAUUGCCCUUAAUCUUUGAUGAUCACUGAGAUAAAAACCACCUAGCCCUCCUGGCAACAUAAUAAAAGAAAUAAAAAUCUCUGGUUUUCUCUA